UAGAGACAGUUCGCGGCCAGUUGCCGUCGAGUACAGUUGUGUCAGAGCGCGUCGCUCUUGUAUUCGCGAGUGAAAGUGUUGCGAAGUUGGAACUGAGUAGUGAAGUGUUUAUUACCUUCUCAGUGAAUUAUUGUUAAAAUUAAGAUACUGGGAGAUAUCAGCUAAUAACAUCACACCACGGAUUCUUCUGACUACAGGGGAGCCAUAACCUACAACACCGAAAAUCAACAUGACCAAUCAGUAUUUUCGAGAUGCUCUAGAUGGAAUGAAGCAUAUUUUAAAUUUGGCUACAUUGGAAGGAAGAGCUCUAGUGCUUCUGCAGGAAAUGGGUAAUACUCGUAUGUUCAGUUGUUUGGUAAUCAUAAACCACAGAGCAGUUGUUGCUAACACAUCUACUUCAGUUCCAUCACUCCUCUGCAAUGACAGUGCAUUUAAUGAGGCAUGUCGUCUUCAGUUUUGUCAAGUUGAGAAUUUGAAGUCUGGCACUAUCCGACAAGGCAGAUCACUCUCCGUUCAUUCUGAAUCCAAGAUGUGUGGAGUCAUUGCAUUGAAUGAGUUGCAUCAUUUGCAAUUCUAUCACGGCCUGCAAUUCAGGAACUCUGACACUGUAUUAAGCCUUGAGAUGUUGGAAGUCUGA